AUGACGUCGAACGCGAGUCGACAGAGAUUCGGCUUUUUUUCCUCGCUAAUACUUUUAUCUCCAAUACUUAUUGGUGCACCGCUGUACUCGUAUAAAGAGCAUACUUACUUACCGGAGCCUUUACAUGAACAAUAUGAUCCUGUAACCAACUCCCCUCAAAUAUCUGAAUCCCGCAUCUUAGAAGUCUCCCGAAUUCUGUCAGAAGACAUUGGCUUUCGAACUCCUGGAACUCGCGAACAUGCUCUUGGAGAGGACUGGUUAUGGGACCAAGUAACAAAAAUAAAGAAUGACUGCGACGACAUGGUCAAAAGGAGCUCGCGUCGACAUCUUGAAUGUGAAAUUUGGCAUCAGAAAGGCUCUGGGUCGCAUCGUUUCGAUAUGAUGGGUGCAAGGUUGUACAAAACUUAUGUCAACUUGGGAAAUAUUAUCGUUCGGCUGUCAAAUGGGACAGAGGCAAGCAAGGAGCAUUCCGUGCUUGUAAAUGCCCAUUUGGACUCAACGUUGCCUACACCUGGAGCGGCUGACGACGCAAUUUGUGUUGGAAUCAUGCUGGAGGCAAUUAGAGUCUUGAUAGAAAGCAAGGACUGGGAGCCGAGGCAUGCAGUAAUCUUCUUAUUCAAUAACGCAGAAGAGUCGUUACAAGACGGAAGUCAUUUAUUUUCAACACAACAUGAGGUUGCACAUACAGUGCGCGCGGUAAUCAACUUAGAAGCUGCUGGAACGACGGGACGCGAUCUUCUUUUCCAAGCCACGUCAAAAGAAAUGAUCGAGGCUUACUCGCACGUUCCAAGGCCUUUCGGCACAGUCGUUGCCAAUGAUGUAUUCAGCUCAGGUAUCAUCCUCUCAGAUACGGAUUUUCGACAGUUCCAGCAGUAUCUCGGUGUCACUGGGCUGGAUAUGGCGAUAGUUGGAAACAGUUAUCUGUAUCAUAUGCGCAAGGAUGUAGUGGAAAAUAUUCAGCCUGGUGUAGCUCAGAAUUUUGCCGAAAAUACACUUGCCCUCCUGCUCCACCUAUCAUCGCCUCCGAUCAAUUCUCCCUCAAUUUCAAGUUUGACUGGAGGCUUUACUAAACCAUCUACGGUGUACUUUGCUUUGUUUGGGAAGUUUUGGAUGUAUAGCUUUUCGACGGCAAGAAUAAUCUAUGCGAUAUUGCUAGUGGACGCGAUAAUUUUGGUUACUGCAACGGCAAGGUCACCGUCCCGGUUAGGCUCCCUUACUACCCUAGGCAAACCCAUUCUUGCGGUCCUUUUUGCGUUUGUUGGUUCCCUACUAGGUACCAACGCCAUUGCUCUUGUGAUGAGAUUCAUACUUGGCAAACCUCUGAGUUGGUUUAGAAGUGAAUAUUCGGCGAUGGUCCUUUAUGGCCCCGCGGCAAUAUUGGGCGCCCUCAUUUCUCAAUACCCUUUCACCGCAGUAACGGAAUUGCAAGCAUACCACGCCACUCUCCUCAUUCAAUCCUUCCUCGCAGUCCUCAUCCAAUUACUUGGUAUUGGGUCUGCUGCUCUCUUUUUUCUUAACGCUACGAGUAUUUGGGUCGGAUUGGCAGUUACUGCGCUUUUGGGUCUUGUUAGUGUUCGUACCGAGCGAGUGUCGCUUGUGACAUACGCAAUAUCCUCCUUCAUACCCCUUUUCAUCGGCACCUCCAGCGCCUACCUCACGCUCGAGGUUUUCGUACCACUCACAGGCCGUAUUGGCGCCGAUGCACCAGCAGAUAACCUAAUUGCUACUAUCGUAUCCAUUGUUGGGGCGCUUGGAUGUCCGCUUUUCGUCCCUUUUGUUUGGAGGUUCCAAAAUUCGAACACUAGGGUGUUGAAUAGAAUGAUUCUGGCCAUGGUUUUGGUGACAGCUAUUCCAAUUGCAGUGUUCAGUGUUAGAGAACCUUUUGAUUCUAUGCAUCAAAAGCGGGUGUAUGUGAUGAGGACUGAGAAUAUAACCACUGGAGAACAUCACCUUCACCUAUCAACUUCAGAUGGCGCGCCUAAUUUCGAACAUCUGGUGUAUGAGGUUGCGAAGGAAUUCAGAAUACCAGUUCCGGAACCUAUUCGUAUGGAUUGGUACAAUUCAGACUGGGAUCCUAUGUUCCCGUUUUCAUUGUUUCUAACACCGUACAAAAUCCCGCUGUCCGUCGAUGUUAGCUAUGUUUCUCCGUGGUCUUUAAAGUCAGGCCAAAACCGUGGAUCUGGAUUCACAAUUUCCGCGCUCGACGACGUCGUUGACGUCGAGGCGGGUACAAGGAGCUUGAAGCUGGUUAUAUGGCAUCCGGGAUUGAUAUGGACUGUUAUCGCAUUUGACGCGCAUGUACUCGAGUGGAACUUGGAUGAUGAACCACCGAAUGAAUACACACGGCACCAUGUCAAGGAGGCUUCGUAUUAUGGAUCCGAUACGUGGUCUAUCGAUCUUGUCAUCAAAAUCCCUUCGCCACCCACUUCUAAUUCUAAAGCAACCAACUCCGACUCACACGUUGGAGCCGGAGAGAUUCUGGUCAACUUCAUUGGGCUUGAAGAGGAGGGGAUGUGGCCUGGUAAGAAAGGUAUCCUUGAAGGGAAGAGUGUGAAGGAACCGGGUCUGGCGUUGAAGCUGUUUUCCACUCUAGAUGCAUGGAUUGAGAAGGAGACCGGGGGUAAGGUUGAUGCACUGCUGUUGGGGUGUGUGGCGGGUGUUCAGCGCGUGUGA